AUGCAGGCACCAUGUGUCAACUUCACGGACGUAAAGACGAGCGGCAAUCCUUCCGGGGGUCAAGUCCUUAACAUCAGUGCUGAUGACAAUGGAUGCUACGCCUCUCUUGGCUACUCGACCGUCCAUAAGAAUGUCAUCAACAUCGGUCGUGGCUGCAUCAACGUUAAUACGGCAUUCCACCUAUUGCUGCACGUCGUGGGUGUAGCCCAUGAGCACCAACGACCGGACAGGGCGGAGUAUAUUGAGGUCGAUGAGAGCAAUAUCGAUGGUGUGAUACAGCCGAAUGGGAUGGAGAUGAAGAUGAACUUCCAGCCCUUCGAUGGAACGGGCACAGUAUGGGAGGAACAAGUGCGAACUGUGCCCUAUGACGUGGCCAGUGUCAGUCAUGGGGGAGCAUGUCACUAUUCGUUCGGUCGUUUUAGAGAAGGGAACUGUCCGGAGACUCUCAUCCCACGGAAGGUCUUGGGGGAAACAGCAGGAGAGGUUAUCGGCAACCGAGCAUUCCUUACAGCUCAUGACAUCGCUCUACUUCGGAUCAUGUACGGGUGUGGUGAUGGACAUUAUCGUAAUGGAGAGGGACACAUGGCGGCCGCCUCCAAUAUUGUGUAUGACAUAUCAGGGAAGGCGCUAUCAGAGACUGUGACGGUGCUCAAAAGUUGCAUGCUCGAUGAUCAAGCGACUUUCGAUUGGGAACCAGAAAGGGAGGCGAAAGGUGCAGUUGUUGCCUAUGUUGUCCUGGACUGGUGGGCCCCUGAAGAGCAGGCGAAGGCGAGCGUCAAGCGCAUCACGCAUCGUGGAGGUAAGGAAAGUGACGAAUUAUUAGAAGGAAGUGAAGUAUUACCGCAUGAAGAGUGA